UUAUUAUAUGAUUGACGCUAAUAUCAUCAAGAGAGAGGCCACCAGCCACUCCCUCAAACCUGUCUCACCAACUCACAUCUAGAAACACUUAGGGUCACUACCCUCUCUCUCUUUCUGAGUCAAAAGCCUAUAUAAAACUCCAUCUCCAUUACUCUGAAGGGCCGGCCUUAAUGUUCCAGCAACUCUAAGAACAAAGGUCUCCACUUCUACCAAAUUCACCAAAGAAAAAAAAUUAUAUAUUGUUUUUGAAAGAAAAAUAAGAACUUGCUGAUACUGCUUCUUCUACUCCAAAAUGGGAAGGUCUCCUUGCUGUGAAAAAGCUCAUACAAACAAAGGUGCAUGGACCAAAGAAGAAGAUGAUCGUCUUAUUGCUUAUAUUAGAGCUCAUGGUGAGGGUUGCUGGCGCUCUCUUCCCAAAGCUGCAGGCCUUCUUAGAUGUGGCAAAAGUUGCAGACUCCGUUGGAUUAACUAUUUAAGACCUGACCUUAAACGUGGAAAUUUCACCGAAGAAGAAGAUGAACUCAUUAUCAAACUGCACAGCCUCCUUGGCAACAAAUGGUCUCUUAUAGCUGGGAGAUUACCAGGCAGAACAGAUAAUGAGAUAAAGAAUUAUUGGAACACACAUAUAAGAAGAAAGCUUCUGAACAGAGGAAUAGAUCCUGCAACUCACAGGCCACUCAACGAGCCAGCACAGGAAGCAGCAACAACAAGGACGACGACGACAACGACGACAACAAUAUCUUUCAGUCAUGUUAAAGAAGAAAAAGAAAAGAUUAGCAGCACAACUACACUUGUAUGUAAAGAAGAGAAAAACCCAGUUCAAGAAAGAUGUCCAGACUUGAAUCUUGAGCUCAAAAUCAGCCUUCCCUACCAAAGCCAGGUUCCUGAGCCGAUGAAAACUGGAGCAAGAGGUCUUUGUUUUGCUUGCAGGCUGGGGCUACAAAACAGCAAAGACUGCAGUUGUAAUUUGGGUUCUAGCAGUGGCAGCAGCAACUCUGGCUAUGACUUCUUAGCCAUGAAAAGUGGUGUUUUGGACUAUAGAAGCCUGGAAAUGAAAUAAGAUAUAUGAAACUAUUCUUGAUCUUGUAGCUGAAAAGAAAUGGAGAGAAAUGAGAAAGGGAUUGCUAUUAGAUUGGAAUCUCCCUAAGCUCUCUUUUUUUUUUUUCUUCCCUUAAUCUGUAUGAUUAUUAGAACAUAAAUAUAUAAAUACAGUGCUAGUACAGGUGAUUAUAAUUGAUAAA